AUGUGGAUUAAUUCCACAGAAAAACGUGAUCUUGAUUUAAUUUUCACACAAUCAUCUGGUUUAUCUAUAUCUGAUGAAAAGAAAUGUAACAUAAAACGUAAAUAUUUUAUUACGUACCAAUCGUAUUUCUCAAUUGAGAUCAAUGCACACAGUCUAACAUAUCUUGCUGUACUUGUCUCAGAAGGAAAGCUUCCUUUCGAAGCUCUCCACACAUGGUUACAAAAUUCGCAAACUUGCGAAAGCACGUUUAGAUCUGCCCGAUCAAUAUCUAGUAUUAAUUCAGCUGGUGUGAACUUUACAGUUGCACAGUUCCUUAGUAGAAUAAAUAAAUUAAUUACAUUACAAAAUAUCAAAAAUAAUGCAAGUGAAAAUAAAUUACGUUUUCCUCAACACCAUAAAGUAUCAUCAACACUACGUAAUACCUCAACCUCAUCAAAUAUAACUAUUAUUUCGAAGACUGAUAUUGAAAAUACUGUUCAUAGGGCAUAUAGUUACGUAAUUAAUCUUUUCAAACCACUUAAAAUCAAACAGUUUUUACGAAAUGGAAAAACAAUAUCAGUUCAAGAACUUAGUAAUACCAUUUCACGUCGAUUAGAGGAUUUUUGGACAACAGAAAAUGAUGAUCGUAGCAGCAAAAAUGAAGAUUUAGAUACUGAGUCAGAUGAUGAAACAGGCAAUGAUAUUGAUAAUGAUCUUACAUAUGAUUAUGAGAGUGACGAAGAAAUAACUUUAGAUGAUAAUUAUGAUACUAUCCAUAAUGUUAACGUAUCUACCAAUCGUGGAAUAAGAUUGGUCGAUAAUGUUAAAGAAGAAUUUGCUCACAAUUACUUUCAAGUUAUCCUUAAUGGUGAUAAAAAAUAUCUUCAUAAACAAGCUGCUUGUUGGCUUUUACAAAAAGAUAGAGGUACAUUAUCUUCUGAUCGAUUAUCACGGGUCCAAGGUAAAUAA